GGAGUUCAAAAACAGAUUUGCAUUUAAACUAGUUUCACGGUAAGAAAAUUUGUACUUAAUUACAGACUGUUUUCAUGUAAAAUCUUUGAGAGGAUUCAAGAUUCGUACUCCAAAAUAUUUGCUCAAAAUCUUUCGCCAAGUUAGUAAAUUCAUAUUUUAAAUUUGACUCCCGUAAAAUACUUGCUUAAGCAUUUUUUUUCUGGUUAAAUCUUUCGAAGGGCCAAAAAAAAAAAUGGUAUUUUGCUCGUAAAAUCUCUUUCCGAGUUCAUCAGUCCAUACUUCUCAGCAGUUUGCCUUCAAAUGCUUCGUUUUCUUUUCCUGUCAAAAUUUCCAAACGACUCAGAAAUUUGGAUUUUGCCCUAAAAUCUUUCCCAGGGUGAAGAAUUCUUUGGCCUUUAAAAAUGGAGGAUCUCUUGCCCAGCGAAGAUGAUCUGGUGUACGAAGAAGAAAUAUUGCGAAACCCGUUCACGCUGAAGCUGUGGUGGCGCUAUCUGAUUGCACGGCGCGACGCUCCUUUUGAGAGAAGGGCCAUAAUCUACGAGCGCGCUGUCAAAGCGCUGCCGGGAAGCUAUAAGCUAUGGCACGCGUAUCUCCGCGAGAAAAUGGCCCUGGUGCGGGGCCUCCCCAUAACGCACAGCAAAUAUGAAAAUCUCAACAAUACGUUUGAGAGAGCCUUGGUCACAAUGCACAAGAUGCCUAGGAUUUGGAUCAUGUACCUGCAGAUUUUGACGGAGCAGAAGUUUUUGACGCGGGCGAGGAGGACAUUUGACAGGGCUUUGUGUUCGUUGCCUGUGACGCAACAUGAUAGGGUUUGGGAACCUUACUUGCAAUUCGUUAGUCAGAAAGGGGUGCCAGUGGAAACAUCGCUUAGGGUUUACAGAAGGUAUUUGUUGUUUGAUCCAACUCAUAUUGAAGAUUUUAUUGAAUUCUUGCUUAACAGUGAAUUGUGGCAAGAGGCUGCGGAGCGGCUCGCCGGGGUCUUGAACGAUGCGGGUUUUUGGUCAAUAAAGGGGAAGACGAAGCAUCAAUUGUGGCUCGAGUUGUGCGAUUUGUUGACCAGACAUGCCAAUGAGGUGAAGGGGUUGAAGGUCGAUGCUAUUAUCAGAGGGGGAAUUAGGAAGUUUAGUGAUGAGGUUGGGAGGCUGUGGACGAGCCUUGCAGAUUAUUACAUCCGGCGUGGGCUGUUCGAGAAGGCGAGGGAUAUUUAUGAGGAGGGGAUGAUGGCGGUGAUUACUGUUAGGGAUUUUAGUAUUAUCUUUGAUGCAUAUACACAGUUUGAGGAAAGUAUGCUAGCGGCAAAAAUGGAGACUAUGGGUCUUAGUGAUGAGGAUGAAGAGGAUGGCGAUGGGGAGUUGCAGGGAGCGAAGAAGCCAGCGUCGGGGAGUGCUCAGGGCAAGAAGGGAGCAGUGGAUAAGAUGGCAAAGGAUGUCGUUGCAGGCUGCUGGCUGUCCGAUGACAAUGAUAUUGAUCUCAGGUUGGCUAGACUUGAGAAUCUGAUGAACCGACGGCCUGAGCUCGUCAGUAGUGUGCUUUUAAGACAGAAUCCUCACAAUGUGCAUGAGUGGCAUAAGAGAGCAAAGCUUUUCAAGGACAAUCCUACAAGGCAAAUCUUAACUUUUACUGAAGCUGUGAAAACAGUGGAUCCAAUGAAAGCUGUUGGGAAGCCACAUACUUUGUGGGUUUCCUUUGCACACUUAUAUGAAAAUCACAAGGAUGUUGGAAAUGCAAGGAUAAUUUUUGAGAAAGCUGUGCAAGUGAAUUACAAAACAGUGGAUGAUUUGGCUAGUGUUUGGUGUGAGUGGGCAGAAAUGGAGUUGAGGCACAAGAAUUUUAAAGGUGCACUUGAACUUAUGCGCAGGGCAACAGCAGAACCUUCUGUGGAAGUCAAGCGCAGAGUUGCUGCUGAUGGCAAUGAACCAGUACAGAUGAGGCUGCAUAGGUCAUUGAAGCUUUGGACAUUCUAUGUGGACUUGGAGGAGAGUCUAGGAACACUAGAAUCAUCACGUGCAGUAUAUGAACGGAUACUUGAUUUAAAGAUUGCCACUCCACAAAUCAUUAUAAAUUAUGCACAUCUUCUAGAGGAGAAUAAAUAUUUUGAGGAUGCAUUUAAAGUAUAUGAAAGAGGUGUCAAAAUCUUCAAAUAUCCACAUGUGAAAGAUAUUUGGGUGACCUAUCUCUCAAAAUUUGUAAUCAGAUAUAAGGGGUCAAAGUUGGAACGUGCCAGGGACUUAUUUGAGCAAGCAGUUGAGAAGGCACCAGCUGAAAAUGUAAAACCAUUGUAUUUGCAAUAUGCCAAGUUGGAAGAGGACUAUGGACUUGCACGGCAUGCAAUGGAAGUGUAUGACCGCGCUGCAAAGGCUGUUCCUGAUCAUGAGAAAAUGGAGAUAUAUGAUCUUUACAUUGCUCGUGCAGCAGAAAAUUUUGGAGUUCCCAAAACCAGGGAUAUUUAUCUGAAAGCUAUUGAAUCAGAGCUACCAGAUAAAUAUGUGAAGGUAAUGUGUAUGAAUUUUGCUGAGCUGGAGAGAAAAUUGGGGGAGAUAGAUCGGGCACGUAAUAUUUAUGUAUACUGUGCACAAAUGGCUGAUCCACGUUCUGAUCAAGAAGUCUGGAACAAGUGGCAUGAGUUUGAGGUACAGCAUGGGAAUGAGGAUACCUUCAGGGAAAUGCUUCGAAUCAAACGCAGUGUGUCGGCUAGCUACAGUCAGACACAUUUUAUACUACCAGAAUAUUUGAUGCAAAAGGAUCAGGGAAAGCUGACACUUGAGGAGACAGUUGACACACUUAAGCGGGCUGGUGUGCCUGAAGAUGAAAUGGCUGUUUUGGAAAGACAAUUAGCGCCAGCAGCUGUUUCCAGCUUGGCUCCGAAAGAUGCAAUGAGAUCAUUGGGAUUUGUUAGUGCUGGAGUGGACUCCCAAGCUGGGGUGAUGCGCACAGCAGAUGGAGGUAGGAAGGUAACUGCUAAUCCGGAAGAUAUUGAAUUGCAAGAAGAGAGUGAUGAGGACAACGAGAAUGAUGAAAGGGUUGAAGUUGCACAAAAAGAUGUCCCAUCUGCCGUUUUUGGAGGAUUGGUAAACAACACAAAGACACAAGACAGUGAAGGGGAUGAUGAUAGAAAACAAAGAGAACGAGAAGAACCCAUGGGUGCUCUUGAGAGAAUAAAAAGGCAAAGGAGACAAUAAUGUUGAUUCAAUUGUCUUUGCAAUCUACAAUGUGAUUAGACCUGCCAGAGGAAAUGAUUCUGGUAGCACCAAAGAUGCACGAGGUAUUGCUAAUUUAACUUUUAGUUGGUUUGUGUCAAGUUUUUGCUGUAAUCCACAAGCUGAUGAAUUAACUUUUUCUAAAAGUUCCUUUUCUUUCUUGGGUUAAUUAUUAAUACAAGAACAGAUGGGUAUCACUCAUGUUGCAGGAAUUCCUUUUUCAUAUAUAUAUGUAUAUUUGCAGUUUGAACUGAGUGGAGAAGGCUGCAAUUCAGGAACACUAAAACUGUAAACUGGUUUAAGUAUUCUGGAUUAUGAUGCACUGCACAUAUAAGAAGGCUGAGUGUCACUGUAGUGGAAAAGCCUGGGACAUGCUUACGAUGUUUCAAAUUUACAGGUUAAUGACCUAUUUAUAUAUAAAUCCACCAUGGUUGUAUGAUAUUUUGAUCAAGGUAACCUUUCUCUUAAUCUAGUGUACUUGAUUUAUUUCUCUUGUA